AUGCAUAACUUAAUAAUGCACACAUUUAUUUUUUUAUCCUUAUUUACACUUCUAACUCCAGUACUAGCCUCAAUACUCCCGCUAAUAAAAAAUAAAACUUGAAAAAAUAACACCUUAGCAAUAAAACUAGCAUUCUAUAUUAGUAUUAUACCAAUAUUAAUCUCUAUUAAUAUAGGCUUACAAUCAAUAACAACAAAUGCCAUCUGAUUUAAUUCACAUCUUGAUAUCAAAAUUAGUUUACUAUUUGACCAAUACUCAAUAAUAUUUCUACCAACAGCUCUAUUUAUCUCAUGGGCUAUCCUAGAGUUCACAAACUGAUAUAUAUCUGCAGAUAUUAACUUAGAACAAUUUACUAAGUAUUUAAUAAUUUUUUUACUCUCUAUAAUCACACUAACAACAGCAAACAGCUUACUACUACUAUUCGUGGGGUGGGAAGGAGUAGGAAUCAUAUCAUUUCUACUAAUCAGCUGAUGAUCCUCUCGUCUCAACGCAAACACAGCAGCCCUACAAGCAGUAAUCUACAACCGCUUAGGAGACAUUGGCCUAUUUAUAACUAUAGCCUGAUUUUCAAUAAAUCUUAAUACAUUAGAAAUACAACAAAUAUUCUCUUAUAAAAUAAUCCCACUACUUCCCCUUCUUGGGUUAAUUUUAGCAGCUACAGGUAAAUCCGCUCAAUUCGGCCUACACCCAUGACUACCUGCAGCCAUAGAAGGUCCAACUCCCGUUUCUGCCCUACUUCAUUCCAGCACAAUAGUCAUUGCUGGAAUCUUUAUACUGAUCCGUAUAAAUCCUAUACUAUCAAUAAAUCAAAAUACUAACACCAUAUGCCUUUGCUUAGGGGCGAUAACUACCAUCUUUACAGCAUUCUGUGCCCUCACCCAAAAUGAUAUUAAAAAAAUCAUUGCCUUCUCAACUACAAGCCAACUAGGCCUAAUAAUAGUAGCUAUCGGAUUAAAUCAACCAGAACUAGCAUUCUUUCACAUUCUCACCCACGCCUUUUUUAAAGCUAUACUAUUCCUUUGCUCUGGCUCAAUCAUCCAUAGCCUUAUAGAUGAACAGGAUAUUCGAAAAAUAGGAGGAUUACAAAAAAUAUUACCAAUUACAACUUCUUGCAUAACAAUAGGAAAUCUUGCACUCACUGGCACACCAUUCCUAGCCGGAUUUUAUUCAAAAGAUUUAAUCAUUGAAUGCCUUAACACCUCAUAUACAAAUGCCUGAGCCCUAACAACAACAUUAAUCGCUACUUCCAUAACAGCUGCCUACAGCUCACGAAUAAUUUUCUAUGUACAAAUAAAUCCCCCCCAACAUAACCCAAUCUUAACCACUCUAGAAGUUAACCAAAACCAAACUAACCCGUUAAUCCGACUAGCAGCUGGAAGCAUAAUAAUAGGCUUACUUAUCAUUACCGUAGUACUACCAAACAAAACACAAGUAAUAACCAUACCAACUUCAACCAAGUCCAUAGCACUUCUAGUAUCACUAGCCGGCCUACUAACAGCACUAGAAACCACAAAAACAACAAGUCUAUUUAUAAAACCCAAGUACCUUUAUGUUAUAACUACACAACUAGGCUUCUUUAACACAACCACACACCGCAAACUUACUAACAAAAUAUUAAAUACAGGACAAAAAAUCGCCCUUCAACUAAAUGACCAACUAUGAUACGAAAAACUAGCACCAAAUAUAAUCAUAUCUAUAAACACUAAAACAUCAAAAAAAAUAUCUAACCUUCAUAAAGGUAUCAUUAAAACAUACUUAACAGUAUUUUCAAUAUUACUACUUACAAUUAUACUAU